UGGGAACAGCUGGGAGCUGCUCUGCUGCUUCUCAGAGCCCAGAGCCGCCACAAGGAUCGUGAGGUUUUUGUGAUUUUUUUUUUUUGACUGGGGCUCCCCAGGAGCGAGAUUAUCCUGGCACAAUUCCUCUGGAGCUGCUCGUGGCCAUGGAGUCUCCCUUGAAAUCGGGAAACAGCUGACGUGCUCAGAGUGCAGAACCACCACGGUGCCCCUCGCUGCCUCGCAGGACUCUGAAGAUGUCCAACAGCAACACAGCACAGGAGUCCCUGGAAAUUAUGAAGGAAUCAGAAAAAAAAGUGGUUGAGGAAUCUGUGAACAAAACCAAAUAUGUGUCCAGGUCACCCAGCAAGGAGGAGGUGGAGAAGGAGGGGGGGGAGGAGCUCAGCGUGCGCCAGGAGUCUCAGAAGCGAACAUCGGGUCACGGGCACGCCAGGAAAAGAGCCAAGUCUAACUCAAAGCUUAAACUGGUCAGGAGUUUGGCCGUGUGUGAGGAAUCCUCGGGCCCCUUUGUGGAUGGGCUGCUGGAGUCUCAGGACAUCAUCCAGCUGCACGUGAGCUGCCCCUCGGACAAGGAAGAGGAGAAAUCCACAAAAGAUGGGGUGGAGAAAGAAGAAAAAGAGAAGAAUAAAGAAAAAACCCCAAGGAAGAUGCUCUCUCGAGAUUCCAGCCAGGAAUACACAGACUCCACUGGAAUAGAUUUGCAUGAAUUUUUAGUAAAUACACUGAAAAAAAACCCACGGGAUAGAAUGAUGCUGCUCAAGUUGGAACAGGAGAUUCUGGAGUUCAUUAGUGAUAACAACAAUCAGUUCAAGAAGUUCCCCCAGAUGACCUCGUACCACCGGAUGCUGCUCCACCGGGUCGCCGCUUAUUUUGGGAUGGAUCACAACGUGGACCAGACUGGCAAGGCCGUGAUCAUCAACAAGACCAGUAACACACGAAUCCCUGAGCAGAGAUUCUCUGAGCACAUCAAGGAUGAGAAGAAUGCAGAAUUCCCACAGAGGUUUAUCCUGAAACGAGAUGACACCAGCAUGGAUCGGGAUGAUAACCAGAUCAGACUCCCCUUGCAGGAUGGGAGAAGGAGCAAAUCCAUAGAAGAGCGAGAGGAGGAGUAUCAGCGGGUCAGGGAGCGGAUUUUUGCACGAGAGUCUGGCCAGAACGGAUUCCUCACAGACAGGGGCCCCAGGGAGGGGCUGAGAGCCUCCGGCAGCCGCCAGAGCAGCACUGAGAGCGAGCUGAAGGCGCUGGAGCCGCGGCCCUGGAGCAGCACGGACUCGGAGGGCUCCAGCCGCAGCCUGAGGCCACCUGUCACCAAGGCCAGCAGCUUCAGUGGCAUCUCCAUCCUCACCAGGGGGGACAGCAUCGGCAGCAGCAAGGGCAGCACGGCCAGCAGGAGCUCUCGGGCAGGUUUGGUGCUAGGUGCCCCUGAGGCUUGCAGCCAGUCCCCAUCCUCGCAGCCCAGCCGUGGCCUCCUGCCCUGCUCGGCCCCACAGCCGCCCCCCCAGGCCCCUGGGCUCCCCCCAGCCCAGCAGCAGCCGGCCAUGAGCAGCCCCAUGAUGUCCCAGCCGGUCCCGGCGCUGCAGCCCGUUCCGUACUCUCCAAGCUCCUGCCCCCAAGUCCUCUUGCCAGUCUCUCCACCCCAGCAGUACAACCUGGCCGACGAGCUCAGCAGCCCCUUCGGGCAGAUCAGCCUCAGCCGACAGGGCUCCAGCGAGGCCCCGGAUCCUUCCUCGGCGAUGUUCCAGUCGUCCCUCAUCUCCCAGCACCCUCAGCAGCCAGGAUUCAUCAUGGCAGCCCCUGGGCAGCCCAUCCCCACCUCCAGCUACUCGGCCUCGGGGCACACGGCCCCCACUCAGCAGGUGCUGCAGCCCCAGGGCUACAUUCAGCCUCCCCAGCAAAUUCAGGUUUCUUACUACCCCCCCGGGCAGUACCCGAACUCCAGCCAGCAAUACCGACCCCUCAGUCACCCAGUGGCCUACAGCUCCCAGCGCCCUCAGCAGCUCCCCCAGCAGUCCCAGCAGCCAGGUUUACAGCCAAUGAUGUCCAACCAGCAGCAAACAUACCAAGGUGUGGUGGGGGUGCAGCAGGCACAGCCCCCCGGGCUCCUCAACAGCCAGAGGAACAACAUGGGGGGCCAGCUGCAGAACGUGAUGGGGGUGCAGCAGGCGCAGCCCCCCGGGCUCCUCAGCAACCAGAGGAGCAACAUGGGCAGCCAGAUGCAAGGUCUGAUGGUCCAGUACACACCACUGCCUUCGUACCAGGUUCCCAUGGCCAGUGAGUCCCAGAAUGUGGUCCAGCAGCCCUUCCAGCAGCCAGUGCUUGUGCCAGCCAGCCAGUCUGUGCAGGGGGGGCUCCAGGCUGGAGGGGUCCCCAUCUACUACAGUGUCAUCCCCACUGCCCAGCAGAAUGGCACCAGCCCAUCCGUGGGGUUCCUGCAGCCUCCUGGCUCUGAGCAGUACCAGAUGCCCCAGUCCCCAGCACCCUGCAGCCCCCCCCAGAUGCAGCAGCAGUAUUCAGGGGUGUCCCCCUCAGGCCCUGGUGUGGUGGUGAUGCAGCUGAAUGUCCCCAACGGCCCCCAGGCCCCCCAAAACCCCCCCGGCCAGACUGGAAUGAAACACGGGAACAGGAGCAAGAGACAGGCCCUGAAAUCAGCGUCCACCGACCUGGGGACAAGUGACGUAGGUGACGGCAGGUACUCGCUGCUGGGCCAACCUCUGCAGUACAACCUGUCCCUGUGUCCCCCACCUCUGCUGCACAGCCAGCCCAGCUACACAGGACACCAGAUACCUCCUGGGGCUGAGCACACCUCAGGUGUGCAGGACUGGGGAGCCUUUGAGGAUCCAGGGAAGGAUCUGCAGGGAGUUCUGGCCCUGCCAGAACUGGGGUCUGCUGGGGGAACCCGGGAUUUGGGGGUGGGGGAGGACCCGCUGCCGCCCAUCCCAGGGGAGCCGCACCGGGAGCUCAGCGCCUGCCAUUGA